AUGGAUUCUGAUAUUGUGGAGGCCGUAACCUGGCUGGCUUCUGAAUUUGCUGAACUGGCUGAUUUGAUCGAGGAUCCGUUUCCAGAAGAGCAUAAUGAUUAUAAAGUUGUACCAAUAAGUAAAAUUUCUACCGAAACAGUGCCAUCUUGGAACUCAGUUAAACUGCCAAGUGAUGAAAUUGCCCUGUCUACCAAUGUUCCCAAGUUUCUCGUGAACGAAGCAAUAAACAAUAAAAUUCACGUGGGCUCGUCAGACCUUUUGGGACUUGAAGUUGAGGCUUUUACGAUUUUUCUAGAGGAAUCAAAUAAGUACAAGUCUAAAAUGGUGAAAAAACUAGUAGCACGUGGGAAAAUAAAGAGUAACGGACAGCUGGAAUUAGAACAUGUUCACAGGAUGAGAUCAGGAGAGUCACAUUUGACAAGAGUGUACAACGUUGGAAGCACAAACGCAAUUUUCGCAAUGAUCUGCAGAUACUCUAAAAAGUACCACGAUGCCUCAACAAAUAUUUUGAACAUGGCAGUAAGAGAAUCGCUGAAAGAAGCAAUAGAGAAAGGAAUAGAUAUUCUAGCGUAUCCAACUUCAAUAGAGGAAGAUGUAGUAUACCCAGAUUUUCAGUAUCUAGAUACGCUUUUGAGAACCUUGAGGAGGUGGCUUGAGCUGCCGGAAGUGUCCUCUAAAAUUAGUAAAAUUUACCUAAUUUCCCACACGCCGGCAGAAUCAUACUACAGCGACGACUCUACAGCAAGUAGCAUCGGAGCGUAUAACUGCAUGGAGGUGAUUGGGAAUAAAAAUGAUUCAAGCAAAGAUUUAUUGAACCUUCUGAGGAGAUAUUUCCCGAGAACAAACUAUGAGGAGUUACUGAGCGCAGACCUAGCUACGACAGGAAAUGUGAAUGGCGAGAUAGUAUCGGAAGAGAGGAAUAUAAGGAUAUCAGAAGGGUUCAGCACGAAUAGCUCCAAAGCUGUAUUAUCUAAGCCCGUAAUUAAUUUGGCGGAAAGCCUUAGAGUCUCAAAUGAUUCAGAUAGCACACAGAAGGAAUCUGAAUACUCAUAUUAUUUGAAGUUGUAUUACUCAAUUUCAAAGCUUCCAGUAUAUACAAAGUUGAGAGAUAGCAGAUUCGUGGAAUGGCAAAGAACAGACCCACAAAAAAGACCAGUUUUGAUAAUAAAUACAAAAAAUUACGAAAUUUCAAACCCUGAAUACUCUCUGUGCUACAUCCUGGGCUGUGUAAAGGCGUUCAUACAUCACAAAUUUGUUAUUGUAGUCCUACACCUAGAUCAUUCUAUAAUCAACUCAACUAGCCUUUUGAACCUCCUAAGUAACCUGUGCAGAAUAUUCGGGAAGGAGAGGACCAAAAACAUCGCAGCCAUAUACUUCCAUAAGUGUAGCUGGGCACUCAGAAGUUAUCUGUUUUUUACCUCCGCAUUACUGCCAACAGAGGUGUGGGAUGCAACAGUAUUUGUGGAUUCAUAUCGGGAAGUAUCCCAUCUGGGUCUGGAUCCCUCACUUUUUUAA